CUGGACGCUGUGCUGUUCACCUCUCCUCAGACCCAUUACACCUGAUCUCUUGCCAUAGUGGCAUGGCGUGAGGAGUACUUGAGUGGCAAUGAAUGAAGGAGUGAUGAUGAUACUGCUGCUCUUGUUCCUGGCUGCGACUGUCUCCAAGUUGGUUCAUACUCAAGAUUCAGAGGAGACGCUGAGGGCGGCGGGGCGGUGCUUGGCGGCUGUGGCGGCCAGAGUGUGGCGGCCGCGCUCCUCCGUCAUCCUCCUCACAGAUGGCAGCACCUCCCCCUCCACUGUCUUCACGGAGCUGUGGAAGCUGGGAGCGUCUUCGGGAAUGACAGUGUUCGAGGUAGCAGCAAAAGGCACCACCUCCAACCUGACGGAGGCGCAGCUGUCGCAGGCGGUGGCCCAAGCUCGCAAGGUGCGACAGGUGUCGUGGUUGGUGAUGGUGGUGGUGGUGAGCGACGACCCGACCUUCCUGGCCGCCUCAGCCGAGUGGGCCAUCAAGGGCCACCUUCUGCUGUGGGCCAACAGGUUGCUGGCCAUCACCCGCCGACCUCUCUCUGACCUCCGUCACCUCCACACUUCCUUCUCCAUGAUGAACGCCAUGUUGCUCAUCCUGGACGCCUCCUCCAGGUGUAGUGUGUACGUACACCUGCCCUACAGUCCCAAGGAUGCACAGGUGUUACGAGUGGCCACCUGGUCGACUCAUCUCGGCCUCAUCCUCGAUACACACUUCGAUCUCUACCCCAACAAGUUCUCCAGGUUGUUUUAUGGGCGACAUCUUGUGGUGGCGGCUGAGGAGUUCCCGCCUCACGUGGUGAAGGACGCGACCCCUCGCGCAGUGGGUCACCCUCUGACCUACACCGGACCUCUCGCCCUGCUUCUCCAGCUCCUGGCUCACAGCAUCAAUUUUACUUAUACAUUCUUGCGGCCUCCGGACGGUGCUUGGGGCAACAAGCAGGCAGACGGGUCCUGGACGGGCAUGGUGGGCAUGGUGUACAGGAAGGAGGCAGACCUGGGUCUGGGACCAUUCGGAGUGAGCUCUGGUCGCGCCGAAGUGGUCGAUUUCACCAGGUCAAUGUUGGUCGACUACCUGAGGAUCAUGGCAGGACAAGGGCGGCCUGAGGUCGACCCGUGGGGCUUCCUCCUGCCGCUGGAGCCGCCGGUGUGGAUCUGGGCCCUGGCGACGCUGCUGGUGCUGCUGCUGGUCACCUUCCUCCUGGGUUCGUGCCCCUUCCGGCGGGGUCACGCACGAACUGGAAGGGCCACGAGAAACUUUGCUUUGUACGUUCGCGUGUUGCUCCAGCAAGACACACGGGGUCCUGGCGGAAGGUGGUGGGAGCGGCUGUUGAUGGGAGGGUGGCUGGUGGUGGUGCUGGUCCUGACCCGCAGCUACUCCGGGACCCUGACCUCCACCCUGGCGGUGAAGUACAUCCCGCAGCCCUACCAGACGCUGAGGGCUCUGCUCGACGACCAGAGCAUCGUCAUGGUCUGGGAGCGCGGCUCUGUGUACAUGCAAUACGUUCUGGGAGUGCAAUCUGGUAUAUUCCACGAGGUGAUGGAGUCACAGAAGAAGGGGCGGCUCAUGUUGGCGACGACGCCGGAGUACGACACCGUGGCGGACACCUUGGUGACGAAGGGCCGCCACGCCCUCGUCAUCGAGGACCUCACCAGCAGGGUCAUCAUGACCAACCACUUCUCUCGCACAGGCCGCUGUGACUUUUAUCAGUCGAGGGAAGUGUUCCUACCAGCGUUCCUCUGCAUGAUAGGGCAGAAGGGUAGUCCCUUGGUCCCCGCCAUGAGCAACAGGAUCAAAUCAGUGACUGAAGCUGGGUUCUAUGGCUACUGGAUGAACCAACUCAGCAUCAACUCCACCAGAUGCUCUCGGCCUCCCUCCACCAUCACUACCACCACCUCGCUCUCCCUAGCUAACCUCUGGGGAGUGUUUGUGGUUGUGGCUGUAGGUCACCUGAUGGGUGUGGUGACACUGGGUCUUGAGCUGGUCGCUACACAUCUCCUCUACAGCCAGAGGUCUCUGUUUCCUGUCUCUCUGUCCUCGUGAUCCAGACAUCCAGAGGUCUCGGUCUUCUGUCUCUCUCUCUCUCCGUCUUCAUGGUCUUCUGAUAUCCGAAGGUGACACUUGAGACGGAUUGUGUGGGACAGAUGUUGUCUCCUUCAGCCUGUGACUGGCACGGCUCUUCCUCAUUGCAUGGUUACUUGAUUUUAUGUAUAUAAAAAUCAAUAUUAAUAAAUCUCAGUGAAUGA